AUGUCGCAAAGCGAGGGUUUGGUCGGUUUCUUUAAGCCCUCUAGAUGGGCUCUCGAACGUGAAGAAACGACUUUCGCGAACCAUGGAUGGAGUAAUAAGGACAUGGAUCCGGUACCUCCGCGUCUGAGAACAUGGACCACCUGGAAUUAUAUAUCCUAUUGGAUCUCUGAUGCCACUAAUCUUGCAGUUUGGGAGUUGGCUAGUUCCAUGCUUGCAAUCGGUUUAUCUUGGCGUCAGGCUAUGCCAUGUAUUGCGGUUGCCUAUGGGAUUAUCUCCAUAGUGAUGGUUUUGACCGGCACCAUAGGCGCUCGUCUCCAUGUCGCCUUCCCUGUAUUAAACCGAUCGUCAUUCGGCUUCUGGUUCAGUUACUUCACCGUGUUCAGUCGCGUCUUACUAUCUAUGUUCUGGUUCGGUAUACAGACAUACAACGGGUCGCAAUGCGUGUAUCAGAUGCUCAAAGCCAUUUGGCCUUCGAUUGCAAGAAUGCCCAAUCGAUUACCUGUCUCUGCAAAUAUUACCAGCUCUGGAUUGAUGUGUUACCUUCUCUAUUGGCUGAUCCAGCUUCCGUUUCUUUUUGUAACUCCUCAUAAAAUCCGUUGGUUAUUCUUCGCAAAGGGCGUGCUUACACCUAUAGCAUGGCUGGCAAUGGUUAUAUGGGCAUUUGUCAAGGUCCCUGCAUCACAGGGCUUGUUUUCCCAGCAUGCAACUAUCGAAGGCAACUACUUUUCAUGGGCAUGGCUCAGCGCGAUGAAUAGCGCCUUGGGAAUCUAUGCCAGUUUGUCGGUCAAUAUUCCCGAUUUCACUCGCUACGCCAAGAACGAACGAGCUCAAUAUGUCCAACCGUUUAUCAUUCCCAUCGCAUUUACGCUGUGCAGCUUUGUUGGAAUUGCUGUGACUAGUGCUGGAAUACAACUCUACGGCGAGGUCCUGUGGGACCCUCUUUUGUUAAUUGAUCGUUGGGACAAUCGGGCCGCAGCCUUUUUCGCUUCCUUCGUAUUUGCAUUGACAACUAUUGGUACCAACAUCAGCGCCAAUUCGCUCGGGGCAGGGAACGAUAUGACAGCACUGUGUCCAAAGUAUAUCAACAUCAGGCGCGGACAAAUAUUGUGUGCGAUUAUUGGUGGUUGGGCUCUGUGUCCAUGGGAGAUUCUUGCCAAUGCUACGGGGUUCUUGAGUUUUAUGGAUGGAUACACCAUUUUCCUUGGCCCUUUUGCUGGCAUCAUGGUCACUGAUUUUUACCUGGUGCAUAAAGGUUGCGUCGACGUUCCCGCUAUGUAUGACCCUUCAGGACGAUAUCGCUACACUGGGGGAUUUAACUGGCGCGCAGUCCUGGCUAUGAUAGUAACUGUUGCCCCCACGCUGCCCGGCCUUAUCAACUCGAUCAAUCCAGCUAUCAAGAUAGGGUACGCAACCCACUUAUUCGACAUCGCGUGGAUGUACGGGUUUGUGGUUGCAUCCCUGGUGUAUUAUGUUGCAUCGUACUUGUUCCCUGCUCACGAUACCCAUGUUGAUACCCUAAUCUCUGCGGACGAUGUCAUGCCCAUAGACAAGCAAUAUGAAAAGGACAGGCAAUCUCCCAUAGAAACAAUGCAGAGUGGUACUGAAGGCGAGGAUAAGAAAAGCGUAAACGUCGAGACCACUGAAGUACAGGUGUAA